CUGAAAGUUGAUGUUUCAAAACAUUUUCAAUGUUCCCACGACGAAGAGUCUCAAGGACACAACUGCUAGUGCUAUUGCGGUCACAGCUGCUUAGUACUUUUGCUACGAUGAGUGGCUACUAGGUUCAAUGCUCAGAGUGCGAUUCCCUGCCUUGCGACAGGCUGAGAGAUCUCGAACCUUGGUUAGUCUGCGGUUAAAUUCUGCGGUUCAUAGUCUUCGCUGGAAAUCAACGGAUCACGAUGGCGGCAGGCCGACGACCGAGACCCGACCCGGACAACCGGGGCAGCCACCCUUCCACAACCAAUCCGCCCCGGUGAUGGGGAAGACCGGGAAGAUACGAGACUCCAUCGAUACCAACCAGAACCAUGUGUCCCCAUCUUCAGAAGGAGACCCAUUCGAUAUAUUAUCACAAACAGCAGAGGGGACCGAGAGACCCUCGCGAAAGGCACCGGUGGCUUCGCUGUCCGGGGUAUCCGAGGAAUUAAGAGCCGGACAACGCGUCGACAUGUUUAAAAUCCGUCCGUUGGCGCCGAACCAUGGGCAUGAGAUGGCAGCGACCCAAAUGGCGGGUGAUCGAAGGUCAGAACCUAACCCGCCAGAAUUUCUCCACCGGCCAACGGAUCCGGCCAAAUUGAAAGCGCUACCGACAGGUUUUGACGACAUGACAGAGCGGGAGCAACAGGAGGAGCUAUGGGUAGUGCAGGCAGAAGAGCGGCUCGGCCGGGAGUGGGAGUUGGAAGAUCCUGGCAAGCAUUCGCCCUACACCCACGACUAUCCGCCCUAUUCACCGAGCAAAGUGAUUGGGAUGUUGCACCGCUGGCGCAACUGGGCGUGGACUUCACAGCAAUGGCGACUCGCGCGCGCUAUUGCCGCCAAUCGGAGCCUGCGUUUUCCGGUGCUCACAGCCCAGGCUUUUCUUCGCCGGCAUGUGCUCCUAGCUCGCCAACGCGGCGUGGAACUUAAAAUCGAGCGUUAUCUAGGCAGCACGGAAGAGUGGAAGGCCCGGCUGGCAGACCUCGAAAACCAAACGGGUAUUUCCGAGGCCGACAUCAAACAGUGGCUCUGGAUCCUCUCCCCGAGCAGUGGAGAUGUACAAAUUCAGAGAUUCCUCAAGAGCAGGUGCCGCAAACCCAUAUUCCUCCUCCAGCUACUCCUAGCCAGGGACAGGAAAAUCCAAGAGCCGGCCACCUUCCUAGGGCUGCUCAAGUACUUGAGGGAGAACUACGUCUUGGCAGACCGGCCGCAAGACGAGCUGGACCACCCAACGUACAAAGGCCAAGGGCGAGCUGUGACGUGGUGGCAUUAUAUAGUCUUCCUCUAUCGCCUUGUUUGGCAUUGCCGGGAAGGGUGGCCAGCGGCGAUGCCCUUGUUAGCACGUCUUACGGCUGACUACAUCGGCACGAUGCGCCUCGACAGUAAAGCACGGGCAAUGACAGGCUAUCAAGCUCGGUCCCUUGUCUUGAACAAAGCGCUUCAAUACUUCUCCUGGGCGGCACGCGUCCGCCCCAUCGACCACAUGGAGCACAACUGGGCGGCGCAGCGCCACCUGUUACGGCUCGCAGCAACAACCGAGCCGCCGCUUGUCAUGGACCAAAACGGCUACCGCGCCGUUAGGACCGUCCUAAUCGGCUUGAACAAGACCAAGGGCGAGGCGAAGAACGCGGAUCGCACCGCCAGGACGUGGCCGCCGUACCGGCGGACCUUGGACGGGAUAGACGAGCGACGGAACCCCGAAGAUGAUUUGAGUAGGAGCGCCAAGGCGGGCUUGCUAGUACGGGCCGCGGGUUAUAGCGACGACGUUGUCGAUCGAGCCCUGAGUGCGCUUGGUGGGUCAACGUUUGGUGAAGCACCCACAAUCCAGACCAGAAGCAUUCCUCCACCUUUUUUCUCCGGCCGACUAGCCAGCCAAAAUAUCUACUCCGAGUGGGCUGCGCAGCUGAGGGCAACGAGAAAUCCUAGGGAGGCCUGGAUAGUGUUUGAACACCCACCAGAGCCGGGUAUUCGGCCGACUGCCCAGAUCUACGGGGAGAUGUUCGAGAGGCUCUACGCCCGGCCAGCCACAGGAUCAUCCGCGGUCCGGCCGGGAGACGUCAAGGAGGUGUUUCCGGUGGAUAACGGCAGCCUCAGCGAGUUUGAGAUUGCGAGACUCACCCCGCCGAGCCCGGAGGAGCUGUAUGGUCACAUGUUGCAGCAGGAUAAGCUUCAGCCGACCGGCUUCUGCCUUGCGGUGCUCAUCCGAAACUCGUCAUCAAUAAAGACGGCGCUGCGAUACCUGGAGGACAGUCCGUAUAAGCCCUAUAUCGACAUGCUCAGGGCGCCCACGUCACAGGCGAGUACUGAAAGCACGCAAGCACUCGCCAAACUCCCGCACAUCAUUCUCAACGCUUGGAUCACCAUGCUCUGCCGCAUACACACCAGAGAACGGGCGGCCGCAGGCUCGACGUCGGCCGACGGACACAGCCACCGGUCGCUAGAAACGUCCCGGGCCGAGUCGAUCCCCGAGGCCAUCGCGGUCGCGUCCAUGUACCAGGCGCGCAACGCCAAAGCGGCACAGCGCGACCGGCUGCCGUGGCACACCAUCAUGCAGGCGCUGGCCGGGCGCAAGGUCCUGUACAGCCAGAUGGGCGCCGAGUUCAACGCGCUGGAGACGCUCGAGACCUUUCUGAAGGUCUACGAGCGGACGACGGCGGCCAAGGGCAUCGACCCGGUCGCCUUCGAGGCGCUCUGCCUCGUGAUCCGCAAGACGCUGAGGCUGACGACGUUUGAAAAGGCCGAGGGCGGCUCGAUGGUCCCGCGCCCGUACAUGUCGGGCGCCGCCGCGAUUCAGACGCUGCUUUUCCGCGCGCACCGCCGGGCGGUGGACGCGUUUGCCGCGCUCACCAGCCCCCUCCCCGCCGAGCGGGGGGAUGAUGAUGAUGGUGGUGGAUCCGAAAAAGCUGCUGUUGAUGCGGAGGGCGACGCGGAAGAAGUGGAAGAAGCGGAUGACGAUGGGGUGACGCCGGGGAUGCUCCGGUACAACGUCGUCGGGCGCCCCUUGCACAGGUACAUGGCGGCGCUGGCGUGCUGCGGCGACGACGCCGAGAUGGUGCGGGUCAUGGACUGGCUCCUGGACGGGUGGGACCGCGGGUACAUCCGCGAGGAGGCCAAGACGCUGCACAACCUCGACUACCACUACACGAUGCGCACCAUCGCCUACUUUGCCGAGAUGGGCAAGGAGCUGGUCGAGCCGGCCGAGAUGGACCGGCUCCGCGGCCGGCUCGAGAACAUGCGCUGGGACAAGGGCUGUACCUGGUUCUGGCCCCAGGAGGGCUGGCAGGAGGAGGCCCAGGUUCAAGCGCUCCCGGAGCUAGAGACGGACUUGGUGUCAGCGAAUACCUCGUCCUCGGCCUUCACUUCUGACGAUGGGUUUCUCUCGGACACGCCGGUGGAGUUUGACAUCCACCAAAGCAAGAGUAUUCAAGUCGAACUGCCGAGCUCGACACUAGUCCAUCCGAAGUCACGCCACCAGGGCUACAUCCCGCGGUUUCCACAAACCAAGGAGAGAGAUGCUGUCUCCGCCCUUCUCGAGGCUGCGGGGGCCCAAGGCCAGGAAGAAUUUGUUGAGUUUGAGCUCGAUGAUUUCAGUUUUUACGUCAACUCGGCGGUUUACCCUUUUGAGAUGCGCCCGCUACAGCAUUUAUCGACGAGGAUGGGUCACGACCGUUUUUAUUUUGACGGGGUUCUCAGCAUCGGUGGUUGCCGGCACUACGUGGAGAAGGUCGAGGUUUCCGAAUUGCCCAUCGGCAACUAUGGAACAGCCCACACUACGACCCAGGGCCAGAUCUGGGUGCGAUCGGGCUUGAACUCUAGGAGGGAGGUUUAUUACCGCCUCGGUAAGCCCGCAGCCGAAUACGCCAGGUUCCACAUUCCGUUCUUGUGGGUGGUGGACUUGGCGAAGCACGUCGUGGACUUCUCCGCCGCAAUGAUCAGCCAAGGCCGUCAAGUUCGCAUCCGUUCGUUCGAGACUCACUUCAUACAGUGGGUGCAUAAAACACAUGGCCGGUCAGCGGAAAUCGACCUCUGGCGUCGGCGACACCCGAGCGACGACUAUCGCACAUCGGCCACUGCAAACAUCGAUUUCAUCUGGAAGGAGCUGAACGUUAUUGACCGUGUCAAAGUCGGAGACACGAUUUCGACCCCCCGGGACGAAGUCACCACAGGUACCAAGUGGCGGAACAUGGCAUCUAAGGGAGCCGCAGAGAAUGACAGGUGGUUCGGCCUCGUCCAAAGGGUUCAUACAGGGGGUGACGGGUCACGUAGCUUUGACGUGACCUGGUUUUACCGGCCGGUCGAGACCCCUUGCUGCAUGAUGCAGUACCCCUGGCCGGACGAGCUGUUCCUGUCCGAUCACUGCACAUGCGAGGAAGGCCACCAAUCCCGGGUCAAGGACCACGAGAUUCUCGGUGUUCACGAAAUCGAUUGGUUCGGGAGCCCAGAUGAGAGCAAAGGGGAAUUCUUCGUCCGGCAAACAUACAUCAUCGAGAGCCGUCGCUGGGUGACGCUCAAGGACACCCAUAUGGCAUGCUUGCAUGGCCGUGAGAAACCUCGAUUCAAGCCCGGUGACACUGUGCUCGCGGCACUCUCUAAAUCGCAAACUUACGCCGAGCCGUACGAGGUCGUUAAAGUCUUUAGGCAAGGCGAUAACAUGUUCGUACGGCUGCGGAGGUUGCUACGCCGGGGCCAGGUCGACUCGAAAGCCGGUGCCGCCCCGAAUGAGCUGGUCUAUACCGAUCAGCUUGUGGUAACCAAGCCAGAGAGAGUGAUCGGGAAAUGCACCGUUCGCUUCUUCAGGCCGGAGGAGUCAAUACCGACCCCAUACGACAGGAAAGGAACAGGUAACCUCUUCUACAUCACGCACCGUUUCGAAACCGCGGAUGAUGGUAAAGACAGAUGUAUCCCGCUCGGCGAGUUUCCAACCUCCUUGCGGCAAGGCUUCGAUCCCGCACAGCAAGCCUUCCGAAAGCUCAGGGGCAUGGAUCUGUUUUGCGGGAGCGGCAACUUUGGUCGGGGGCUUGAGGAUGGUGGAGCGGUCGAGAUGAAGUGGGCGAACGACAUCUGGGACCGGGCCAUCCAUACGUACAUGGCGAACAGCCCGGAUUCAAAUUCGGCGAAGCCGUUCCUGGGCUCGGUCGACGACCUCCUCCAGCUUGCCCUCGAGGGGAAGUAUACCGACAACGUCCCCCGUCCAGGCGACGUCGAUUUCAUCUCGGCCGGCAGUCCUUGUCCGGGCUUCUCGCUCCUCACCCAAGAUAAGACGACCCUGGCGCAAAUCAAAAACCAGUCCCUAGUGGCGUCGUUUGCGUCGCUUGUCGAUUUUUACCGCCCCAAAUACGGCAUCCUCGAGAACGUGCCAACGAUCGUCCAAGCACGGCACAACCGUUCCGAGGACGUGCUCUCGCAGCUCUUUUGCGCCAUCGUGGGGAUGGGCUACCAAGCCCAGCUCAUCCUCGGCGACGCCUGGUCACACGGCGCACCGCAAUGCCGGCAACGCGUCUUCCUCUACUUCGCAGCCCCCGGCCUGCGCCUCCCUGACGCCCCGCUGCUCUCUCACUCCCACUAUCCGGGGGUUAAACCCCGCAACCUCGGCGAGAUGUGCAACGAGGAGCCGUUCGUCAGCCGCUCCUUCCAGCCCGCCGCCUUCAAGUUCACCAGCGCGGCCGAGGCCACCGCCGACCUGCCCCUCAUCGGCGACGGCAAGCCCGAACCCGCGACCGCCUUCCCCGACCACCGCGUGUGCGGGAGCAUGACGACCAAGCUCCGCUACCAGAUCGCCGCCAUCCCGAUCCGCCCGUAUGGUAUGUCCUUCUCGACGGCCUGGUACGGCCGGACGGCCGGAAACACCCGCAACGGAGGCCGCCACGGCGGCGUCGGCGACGGCGUCGUGAUGACCCCCGCGGAACGCGAGCGCUUCCCCGCCGCCGGCGUCCGCGUCUCGCCCAUCUCCAACGGCUGGCGCCGCCUGCGGCCCCACGACGUCCUGCAGACCGUCACCACCCGCUGCCAGCCCACCGACGCCCGCGCCGCCACGUGCCUGCACUGGGCCGACCCCCGCCCGCUCACCGUCCUGGAGAUCCGCCGCGCCCAGGGGUUCCCCGACCACGAGGUCUUGUUGGGCACCAUGGCGGACCAGUGGAAGCUCGUUGGGAACAGUGUGGCCAGGCAGAUGGCGCUGGCGCUGGGUUUACGGCUGCGCGAGGCAUGGGUUGGUGGGAUGGGGGAGGUGGGCAGUGCUGGUGGUAGGGAGGGGAGGAGUGGCAGUGAGAGCGCCAGUGUGAGUGUGGGCGUGAGCGUGGCUGGUAGUGUGGCUGGCUUUUCCUCCUCUGCGAGCGAGGAGGGGUCGCGUGGUGUGGGGAGGAAUGGACGCCGUCCCCGUCACCGUCACAGUACGCCGCGCGAGAUUGUUGACCUCACCGCGGCCGUUAAGGAGGAGCAUGCAGCGGGACGUGGGCAAACUACUGGCACCCACCGGCAUAACACCACAUUCCACGAUGCUAUCGACCUUACCACUGCCUCGCGGUCGGCAUCGAGCACCCCGAGUGGUACGGGUAGAGCCGUGAGGAGCGCGCCGGCGUCUGCCAUGGCGGAGCUAGGAAAGGCCGGCGGGAUGAGGAAGCGGCUUUUAUCACUAGCACUGGGUCUGGACCCAGAGAUACGGCCACGCAAAGUUAUCCGGUUGGAGAGUGGGGCCUCAACUCCGAUCCCCCAACCCGAGCCCGAGUCCGAUUUGGGGUCGGGGCUGGCAUUAGAAAACGAUAUCGAUGAAUCCUGGAUGCACACGUCAGAAGUUGGACCGGUGGCCCCACCUGAUCCUGCCACGGAGGAGGAAGAAGCUGUUGAGCCAGUGAGGACCGGGCCGACCAUUGUUCGGUUGUUGACGCCGGAAGAGGGGUCGGAGAGCGACGAGCUGGACUGGGAUCGCGAGCUAAAUUAGGCUGGUUGAGGGGUUUGUUUCAGGCAUACACAGAUGGAGGAGGUGCAUAGCAUACUACAUGAUACCCGCGUUGCAUUGCAUCGCUCGCAGAGGGUAGACUGGGGCAAGGAGUUCUCAUGAGAAGGAUGGAGCUGGGGUUUCGAGGUGCAUGUGCAUGCGUCGGUGGAAUAGAAUACUUGCAGCGUUUUGAAACAGAAUUGAGUAAUCAUUUAC